AUGUGCGGUUUUGGUUUCAUGGCUUACGGUUUUGAUUGCUGCCAUCGCUCAAUUGAUUUUCCACUAAUGCCAUCGAUUGGACAAACUGAAAUAAAAGCGAAAUGCAAAGUAUUAAAAAAAGUCGCACACACACACUCGCACACUAAAUCUUAA